AAAAGGGUGCAACGCUGUUGAGAUGGGUAUUUGCGCCAAAACUUUUAAUAGAGACGUUGCGUUGCACGCUCAGGUGCCAAAGCUCCCUGCAUUCAGGACCAUGGAGAGCUACAGUCUGAGGACGCGCAUGGCAGUGUGCGCGUUGCUUCUCUGCUUGUUGACCGGUACCAAAGCGAACGACUCAAACCCGGAGAUAGAAGUGGAUCUGGACACAAGAGCCAUAAGAGACUUCUACCCCAAAGACCCAAACCUGACUAGUGAAAAACAGCUUCUCGGGGCUCUGCAAGAAGUUCUGGAAAAGCUGCAGACGAAACGAAUUCCACCUUGGGAGAAGAAAUUUGGUCAAGUUCCCAUGUGUGAUUUGGGAGAGCAGUGCGCGAUCAGAAAAGGCUCUCGAAUCGGAAAGAUGUGCGACUGUCCGCGCGGGGCUUUCUGCAACUUUUUCUUGUUAAAGUGUUUGUGAUGGAAACACACAAUUCUGAAUGGAUUGUAAUGUGAUUGAGUCCAUAUGCAUUAUAUAUCAUAAAUAACUACAAUUUUAUUUAGAUUAAUAUUUUUUUAAGUGAAGAGACUGAAGACACUGAAGCAAAGUUGUAAAGAAAUUGUUCUUCAAUUAUUUACUUUAUGUAAACGUGAUACUGUCAUACUUAAUGUUAGUCUGCUGUUUUGUGCAUUAAAGUGCAAUAUAACUUGUUUUGUAAA